AUGCUUCGGUGGAUACGAAAGUUUCGUUGGCGCUCGCUACUGUCGGAUUUAAAAUCGAAUCCCAACGCAUCAUCCCAUUGCAGCCCGCGGGCAAACAACGAUGCCGACCGGUUCGACAUCAAGGACACCCGGUUGCAGAAUACAUUAUCGGCCACCCGUCCCUGUCCGUGCCGUGUACGGUUGGCAAAGGCGGAAGAUACCCGUCAGGUGGUGACGUUUGUGGAGCACCAUUUGCUGCACUCUGAACCACUGUUGCGUGCGCUGAACGUCGGCGUGAUACCGGGCCGCGAACAGUUGCUAGAGUACAUUCGACAGCUGCUGCGAGAUAGCUUCACGCUGGUAGCGCUGAGCGAUGACGAUGCGAGUCACCGGUCGUUGUCGUCGAAUGGUGGUCGGAUCGUUGGUGUUGCUAUAAGUCGGCGCAGUUGCAGCUGGGACGGGAAGCAGCUGAUCGAGCGGGCGGAUCGAACCCGCUGCGACCAACUUCGUAAGCUGCUUUACAUCUGGUCCAUCGUCGAGUCGGAACCGGGCCUGCAUCAGCACUUUUGCACCCGCUGUCUGUUUGAGAUUGCAUUUCUCGCGACGGCCGUCGAAUCGCAGCGACAGGGGAUCGGAUUGCAUUUGACGUUGCAUUCACUGCAGCUGGCCCGGGAUUUGGGAUUCCAUUUCGCACGGAUGAACUGCACAUGUGAAUACAGCUCGCGGAUUGCCUCGAAGGCUGGUCUCGAGUGUUGCUGGACGGUGGCGUACCAUCAUCUCGUCGACAGCAGGAAGCAGCCGGUCGUACAUCCGGAGCCGCCCCAUACGCAUAUCAAAGUGCACGCAAUGGCCCUUUUUCCCGAGCUGUCCAUUAAAUCCUCAUGCAGGUAA